GUGGUCUUCAUUCAUGAUAUUUGUGCCCGCGGAAGUCGUGUAAGCUCAUAUAUCGGCCAACCAUCUAUGCUCGUGUUGUAGACUUGGCUGAGAAUGCGACGACGUUGCCGAACACAUAACGCAUCCGAGCUUCUCGAACUUGACACUUCACAUCGGUCUUCGGAAUGUCUCAAUACGGACUGCGACGAACGCAGACAGACAUCUACUCUGCCUAUCCUCAACGACAACCUUCGACAGCAUCAACAGUGUCAUCAGCCUAUUCUGCUGCGUCAAGUGCCUUCCUUCCCAGUCGGACAAGUACGGUGACAUCAACAAACUCCAGCCUCUACUCGAGAGGCUCGCCCGGGCACAAACGUGGAGUCAGUGAAGCGGGAGAUAUGACACCCACGCGAGCAUAUGGCGGUCACAGCAGCGUAGAGAACAGUCCGGACCACUUCUACCGAAAUGCUCGCCAAACAUUACGACCUCUGCCGCAGGCACCGUCACCCACUGCUACUCCCAGGCGACCGAGCGGUAACCACGUUCGCGCGCAGACAGUUGAUCACUUCCCACAAACUUAUUCCGAAGAUCCCUUUGUCGAGAAACACUUACACGAACACCACUCCGAAGCCCAUCAAUCGAGACCGCACCUUCAUCAUGCUCUGACGACUCCGCAUGCAUUCAAAGCGCCAGAUCUACAAGAACUGCAGAAGUCUUCUACUUCGCACCUAAGAGCAUUAUCAAGAUUCGCACAGGAUGGUGAUGCUGAAGAGUUUGGUAUCACAGCCGCUGGGCAUUCGGUGGUCGGUCUACACAAUCGAAGACAACUCAAGCGGACCGAUUCGGUCGCCCCAAGCACGCGAUCAAAAGCUAAGACCUUUGGUUGGGGCGAAAGAAACUGGAUGGAUAAACAACGACAAUUUUUGCAAGCUUAUGAAUACCUUUGUCAUAUUGGAGAAGCCAAGGAAUGGAUCGAGGACAUCAUCCAUAAGCCAAUUCCUCCCGUCGUCCAGCUGGAGGAGGCUCUGCGUGAUGGAGUUACUUUGGCGGAGAUUGUACAAGCGUUUCAUCCCGAUCAGACUCUCAAGAUCUUCCGGCACGCCAGAUUGCAGUACAAGCAUUCCGACAACAUUGUCAUGUUUUUCCGCUUUCUCGAGGAAGUUGGUUUGCCCGACCUUUUCCGGUUUGAGUUAAUCGACCUGUACGAGAAGAAGAACAUCCCCAAGGUCAUCUACUGUAUACAUGCAUUGUCCUGGCUGCUCUACCGAAAGGGCAUGGUCGACUUUCGGAUCGGAAAUCUGGUUGGCCAGCUUGAGUUUGCACACCAUGAAUUGGAGCAAACACAACGUGGCUUGGACAAAGCAGGUAUUAGUAUGCCCAGCUUUUCAGGUAUGGGCGCCAGUUUUGGCGCUGAGCCAGAGCCUGAACCUGUCGAAACCGAAGAUGAACGCAUCGAGCGUGAGCUACGGGAGCACGAAGCUACCAUUGUCGAAUUCCAAGGUCAACUCAGAGGCGCGUUGGUUCGACUCCGCCUCGGCGAUACGAUGCAGCAGCUCUGGGACAAUGAAGAUGUCUUGCUUGACCUCCAGUCGCGCAUCCGUGGUGAUUGGGUCAGACAGAUAGCUGGUUAUCGACUCGACAUGCAGCGGUUUGCCACACAACUUCAAGCAUCUGCUCGCGGCUUCCUUGCGCGGUCUAAUCAGCAAAGAAAAGAGCAAAUGUGGAGAGCCCGUGAAAAGGAUGUGCUGAAACUGCAGAGCCUUUUUAGAGCGGGAAGAGCCCGUGCAGAAGUACGCGUCAUGAAAAGUCAAGUUCGAAAGCACAAUGCCGGUAUCAGCAAUCUUCAAGCUGCUAUUCGAGGAGCUCUGGCCAGAAGAGACGCAUUUGACCAGUAUGAAGCCACCAGAACCACUGAGAGCGAAGUUCUCCUCUUGCAAGCUGGCAUCAGAGGCAUGCUGGCGCGGCGGCAACUACAACGCGAUCGUGCUGCGCUGGAAAGGCAAGUUUUCAACAUCACACAAAUGCAAGCUGGUGCCCGAUCAAUGCUCGCAAGAGUUAUACAUGCGAAGCUUCAUGGCUCCCUUCAGGAAUCGACCCCAAGAUGGACAGCAUUACAAGCUAUGAUCAGAGCGAGUCAGACUCGAAAAGAUGUGGCACGGAUCAAGCAUCACUUAAGCGCGCAGACUGCAUCGAUCAGUAAAUUCCAAGCCGCUUUACGCGGUGCAAACGCUCGAGAGUCAUACGUCUCCUUGAAACUUGCUCUGCUACGACAAUCAACUGCUAGCAUACCAUUGCAAUCCGCCCUCCGCGGCUUCUCCCUGCGCCAUCGCGUACAGAAGCAGCGAGGAAUGUUAGAGCGCCAUUCGCCAAAGUUGGUACAGCUGCAAGCGCUGCUUCGAGGAGCACUCCUCCGUAUACAGACUGCGGACACACUCAACGCACUUGAAGAAAAUGCCGAGCAAAUCGUGGAGUUGCAAUCUAUAACUCGAGCCAUGCUAUGCCGCAUUCGUGUUGCAGAUUUGCUUGGGGAUCUCGAUGCACAUGACGGUGCCAUUACAGACUUACAAGCCAUCAUUAGGGCUGCAGCGAUUCGCGGCCGCUUUCAGGAGAAGAAGCGCUAUUUCAAAGAAAACAUGGAAAAGGUCGUCAAGAUCCAGAGCGUGGUACGAGCAAAGAUCCAAGGCAAGGCCUACAAAAGUCUUACUGCAGGCAAGAACCCACCGGUUGGAACUCUCAAAGGAUUUGUUCAUCUUCUCAACGACAGCGACUUCGAUUUCGAGGAGGAAGUGGAGUUUGAACGGCUUCGGAAGACUGUGGUGCAACACGUCCGUCAAAAUGAACUCGCAGAUCAGUACAUCACCCAGCUCGACAUCAAGAUUGCACUCUUGGUCAAGAACAAGAUUACCUUGGAUGAGGUCGUCAAACACCAGAGACACUUCGGCGGUCACGUCGGCGCCCUUCUACCUAACUCCGAUAUGGCUUCCAAGGAUCCAUUCGACUUGAAAGCGCUGAACAAGACGUCUCGCCGGAAGCUAGAACACUACCAAGAACUGUUCUUCCUGCUUCAGACCCAGCCUCAAUAUCUGGCGCGAUUGUUCAGACGCAUAAGAGAGCAGGCCACUGCAGAAAAAGAAUGUGACCGCAUCAAGCAUCUUGUCAUGGGACUAUUUGGCUAUGCUCAAAAGCGCAGAGAAGAGUACUAUCUUGUCAAAGUGAUUGUACGCUCUGUCAAGGAAGAAGUGGAUUGCUCCAUGUCGCUUCAAGACUACCUAAGGACGAACUCAUUCUCCAACAAGCUCUUUAGCGCAUACAGCAAGUCGCCGAGGGACCGGAAAUUCCUAAGAGAUGUUCUCGGACCCCUGGUGAAGGAGAAUAUCAUCGACAAUAGCUCGUUGGAUCUAGAGAGUGACCCACUUCAGAUUUAUCUCUCUGCCAUCAAUAACGAGGAGCUGAGAACUGGUCGCCGGAGCCACCGAGACCCGAAUGUGCCCAGGGAAGUAGCCAUCCGAGACCCAGAAACUCGCAGCACCUUCAUCGCCCACAUGCAAGACCUCCGUGACAUAACCGACCAAUUCUUCCUCUGCGUGGAAGAUCGUCUGCACCGACUGCCAUUCGGAGUCCGGUUCGUGGCCCAGCAGACUUAUCAACAUCUCUUGGCACGAUUCCCAGGAGAAGACAAUGAGUUUGUGCUGCAGCUCGUGGGCCAAUGGCUCUGGCGUAGCUAUCUUCAACCUGCUCUCCUGGAGCCUGAGAAGUUUGGUGUUGCCGACCGAGCCAUGACACAAGAACAAAAGCGCAAUCUUGGUGAGAUAUCCAAGGUGCUGAAUCAAGCGGCUUCCGCUCGUGAAUUUGGAGGCGACAAUGUGUAUCUUCAGCCGUUGAACAACUACAUCCGAGAGUCGAUCGGCCGCUUUGCGAUGAUCUGGAACGAUGUGAUUUCAAUACCUUCGGCAGAAGAACACUACGACAUUGAUGAAUUCAACGACCUCUAUGCAAAAACCAAGCCCACACUAUACAUCAAAAUGGCCGACAUCUUCUCUAUUCACAAGUUGCUGACUCAAGAAAUCAGUGUCAUCUGUCCCAGCCAAGACGAUGUCCUUCGCGACACUCUUCGAGAGCUGGGUAGUGUCCAAAGCAGCGAAAGCGAAUUGAGAGGCGUCAGCUCGAGUGAAAUCAGCCUGACCCUGAACCCGAAACUGCUCAAUGCCGAAGAUCCUGAUGCAGAUGUGAAAGCACUUUUCACCGAGACAAAGCGAUGCGUGCUCUACAUCAUUCGUAUUCAAUCAGGUGCCAGCCUGCUGGAGGUCCUGGUGAAGCACAUCACUCCAGAGGAUGAAGAGAAAUGGGACGCUCUGGUCAGGGACGAAAUGCAAACUGGCAACGGCCGGCGUGGCGCUUAUGCAGAUGCCAGCACUCACUUGGACAUCUCGACUCUGACAUACCCUGACCUCAAACGCAUCGCCCUAGAGAACGUUCUGCAACUUGAAUCCUUAGGUCGCCUGACUCGAGCGAAUCAAUACCAAGAUCUUCUCAACACUAUUGCUGUCGACAUUCGAACGAAGCACCGCCGCCGACUGCAACGCCAGAAGGAACUGGAAAAUGUCAAGACCACAUUGGCUCGUCUGAAUGAGCAAGCCGUAUAUCUCGAACAGCAAUUGAAGACGUACAAUGACUACAUUGAGCAGGCAAUGGUCACAUUGCAGAACAAGAAGGGCAAGAAACGCUUCGUCAUGCCGUUCACAAAGCAAUGGGACCACGAGAGAGAGCUGCAACGGUCUGGCCGUUCGUUCAAGUUCGGCUCCUACAAGUAUUCGGCAAGAACCUUGCACAACAAAGGAGUCCUGGUUGAAUGGAGAGGAUACCACGAGUCUCAGUGGGACCGUGUGGAUCUGACCAUUUCUUCCAAUGAGGUGGGAGUCUUCACCAUCGACGGCAGCUCGGGCAACAUGAUGAUACCAGGAGCCAAUGCGCAAGUACCGCUGGACGAUCUCUUGCAAGCACAAUUCAACAACACCCAAUUCAUGGAAUUCUUUGAGGGGGCACUUCGUGUUAAUGUCAACUUGUUCCUGCAUUUGAUUAUGAAGAAAUUUUAUAAUGAAUGAGCGAUGACCCCACACAAAUGCAUCUGGAGUAUGGACUUUUGGUGCCGGUUGGAAAGCAGUGGCGUCUUCGAUGACUUGAAUGGCACACCAUCUCACACCCGGUGGGGGCAGGGACUCUGUGGCAUCAACGAUACUUCUGGGUUGUAGGAAGUUGGGAAGACCGUCGCAAUUUUCAGCUCAGCGGAGGCACACACAGGUCUCUGUCGAGUGUAUACCGUAGAAUCAAUUGAAUUCGUUAA